AUGACCGUCCAGGCGAGGAGAUCCUCCGCAGCACACAGCAAACCGUCGCCGUAUGCGGUGCGCAAUACUCCUCAUGACAGCGACGUGGAGAAAAACACCAUAAACUCUCGCCAACCCUACUACAAUCAUCUUCACCACCACCACCAAAGCGAUGGCGACGAUGACGCCUCCGACUACGGGCCUAACCACCCUUCCAUAUCCUAUCCUCCUCGCGGCGGUGCGGGACGACGUCGUACUAGACCUCCGGUCGGCUUCAGAGUGCCUCAGCGGAUCAUGAGAUGGCUCUGUUUUGCGGUAUUCCUCUCCCUGGUGCUCUUCAUCCUCACACUGUUCCGCUUCACAAUCGCUUCGUCUGUCUCCCCGGUCGAGGUGGAGCUUCCCAAGGGACAACCGGCCAAGCCCCCGCUGUGGGAGAGCUUCCCGUUUUUGAAAAGGUACCAUGGUGGAAUCACCACCCUGGUCAAGCGCAGCGACAACGUGGCUGAAUACCCCGGUGAUAACGCGGACGGGCUGGCGCUAGCGGAAGACUCGCCCACACAGGCAGAUGAUCAUCGUCUGAAGACUCGAGGACUGGCGCCAGUCAUGUCAAGCUCUGCCUUCGACCCCUAUCCCGAAUACGACUCGGCGGAAUAUAUUUCCAAGUACGGCGAAAAGCGUGAGUGCUUCUUGGACGAAAAGAAUGUCGUUCGGGUUCCCAAGCUCCAGUCGUUCCCCGGUGUACCUAAAGGAUUCCCUGAUCCGGUCAUGGGCUCCAACACUCUCCUGAAUAUUCGCGACGACAUGUGUUUUGAUCGCUUUGGGCGAUUGGGCCCGUAUGGUUUGGGAUAUGGGGUCAAGAAAGGCGGCAGUGGUGCUGGACUCGAAGGUCACCGCGAUGGUAUUGAAGCCGUCUGGGAAGAUAUUCCUCCGGUGGAUUAUCGUCAGGUGAACUGGUCCAGCGCACAGCAGCGUUGCAUGGCAGCGAACCGUCAUCGCUUCAAAAAUCAGCCCGAGCCCCGUAUCAACCGGUUCGUUUCGAUGCCCGUGGGCGUUCCCAAAGUGGAAAUCUCAACACCUCAAGAUGACAGCAGCAAGUCGAACCCUCCGAAGAUAGGAUCAGAUCGCUUGCCACGGACUGCGGUUAUAAUUCGGACGUGGCACGAUUACAAGUAUUCCGCAGAGGACAUAUUAUAUUUGCGGUCCAUAAUUUCCGAGUUGGUACUGCAGUCUGGCGGGGAAUAUACCGUUCAUUUCCUGAUCCACGUCAAGGACAAUGACGUGCAGAUUUGGGCCGAUGACGAGACCUAUGAGCGCGUCCUCAAUGAUGCCCUCCCGGAGGAAUUCCACGGGAUGGGCACGCUCUGGUCAGAGGCGCAAAUGUCUCUCGUCUACCCUGCUCUGGAGGAGACGUUUGCGCGCGGUCUGCCAGUGCAUGGGGUUUAUCGGAGCACCUUUAUGCCCAUGCAAUGGUUUGCCUACCAGCAUCCUGAAUAUGAUUACUUUUGGAACUGGGAGAUGGACGUCCGGAACACGGGCCACUGGUAUCAUUUCUUUGAAAAGGUGGUCAAUUGGGCCAAGGAGCAGCCUCGCAAGGGACUGUGGGAGCGCAAUGCGCGAUUUUACGUUCCAGCGGUGCAUGAGUCGUGGGAGGAUUUCCGCCAAAUGGUUCGCGUGCAGACAGAGAUUGGUACGAAUAGUCCAAAUAACAUGUGGAGUGCCUACAAGCCUGGUUCUGAAGGUCGGACCGGCGAUAAGAACGCUCCCGGACUUCACCAACAAGGUGACAAGCCGAUCUGGGGUCCCGAGCGACCCGAUGAGCCGGAUAUCUUCGAGGUGGAAGGUGAGGGCAUCCCACCUACCACCAUGGAAAAAGAUCGGUAUACAUGGGGCGUGGGUGAAGACGCCGAUCUCAUUGUGUUCAAUCCAUUAUACGACCCUGAAGGUACGACGUGGUUGCUCCGGGACGACUACAGUGGAUAUCGCCAUGAUAAUGGGAUGACUCCACCACGACGCACCGCGAUCAUUACUGCCUCACGACUGUCGCGUAAGCUUCUGACUACCAUGCAUCGCGAGACGAGUCUCCGUCGGCAUACUAUGUUCUCUGAAAUGUGGCCCGCGACCACCGCCCUGCAUCACGGGUUCAAGGCCGUGUACGUCCCGCACGCGGUUUACAUUGACCGUCGCUGGCCGACUCGCUAUUUAGAAUCAGUGUUCAAUGCAGGUCGGAAUGGCGCAUCGGGCGGUGCCCGGACGUCGGUCUUUGGUGAUCGCGAGCAUAACUUCCGAGGCACGACAUGGUUCUAUUCUGCUGGAUUCUCCUCCAAUCUCUGGCGCCGCUGGCUUGGAAUCCGAGUGGAUGAUAUUGGUGGAGAGCAGUUUGAACUGGCCGGUGAAGGCCGCAUGUGUCUACCACCGAUGCUUCUUCAUCCCGUCAAGGAGGUGCAGAUGGUAGUUGACGAGGGUCAACCACCCAGGACGGAAGAAGGAAAGACGGAGAUAAAGGAGCAAGAAAGCAAGUCAGAAGACACCCAUUCGACCUAG